AAUGCAGCGCAAACGAAGGAAUUGCGGAGACCGCUGUGUAUCAUAACACUGAUCUGCAUAUACCGUCAAAUCAUGGAGCAUAUCGGUGACUGAAACAUUCCUAACUUUUAGACUGAAACAGAGCCUGGAUUACUGGAAAAUCUUUACUGGCAACAUAAAGUGGGAGUGUAAGAGUUACUUACAUUGGUCACUGAAGUAACUGGAGCCAAGAUGGCAGGAAGGGAGCGCAGUCCACGCCACAGGCCAUGGUCUGUGUACCGAGCCAACACAUUUGAUUUGUCCUCUGAGAUGAUGGGGUUGGCGCUAACAGGAAACAGUCAGGAUCCUGAUGAGCCAGUGCUUGAGUUCAGUCUGGCAUGCAGUGAGCUUGUCACUCCAUCACUAGACCGUAAGCCCAGUAGCUUUGUAGCAGUGAGCUGCACCACCCCUCCACAGGCGUUUUGGACCAAACAUGCACAGACUGAAAUUAUAGAGGGCACUAGUAAUCCAAUCUUCUUGAGCAGCAUUGCCUUUUUCCAGGAAUCUCUGAUUACCCAGCAGACUCAAGUCAAACUGUCUGUCUACGAUGUGAAGGACCGCUCACAGGGGACUAUGUACCUGCUCGGUUCGGCUAUGUUUACAGUGAAAGAGCUGCUUCAAGACAAACACCACAGACUACACCUCACUCUGCGAUCAGCAGAGAGUGAGCGGAUGGGUAACAUUACCAUCAUCGCAUGGCAGAUAGAGGAGAGGAGAGACCAGCGAGCUCCUCUGGCACGUUCAGACACAGUUAAUGGCAGGGUGAUGUUUGGAGGCACUAUUUCACGGAUGUACCGACUUCCCACGACUGAUGGAAACCACCUGCGUGUCCUGGAGCAGAUGGCAGAGAGCGUGCUCUCCCUGCACAUACCAAGACAGUUCGUCAAACUACUGCUGGAGGAAGAUGCUGCCAGUUCAUAUGAGGGUGAAGGUGCCGGGGAACCUGCUCCACUUUCUAUGCGGUACCAGCCACAGGAUGUGUUGAAAGCUAAAGAAAUCAUUUCCCAUAUCAACACUCUCAAGACGCAGGUCAGCUACUACACUGAGCGGCUGUCCCGCGCUGCCAAAGAACGCUCAACCAAUGCACUAGAAAGGACCCUUGCUAUCCUCACAGACAAGACGCGGCAGCUGGUGACAGUGUGUGACAGUAAGCUGCUAACUACAGCUAUCCAGGCACUGAGUGCUGCACGCCCAGAGUUCAUUGCCUCCAGAGGCUCUCCGUCCACCAAUGACACUGAGCGUGUGGUCCUGAGGAACGACCAGGGCUCUCCACAGGCCAAAUGGAGCGGGAAAGGGAACAGAGCAUCCAUGAACCUAAACUGGCAGGAGGAGGAGUGGGAAAAGAUCUGGCUCAAUGUGGAUAAGAGUCUGGAGUGUGUGAUCCGCUGUGUGGACAGGCUGCUGUCGAGAGAGCGCUCGCAGAGCGACUGCAGUGAAGACGUCUUCCUGUCUGACCAGCAGGCCGACACCAGCAAGAGAGGUAGCCAGGGCAAUGCAUUCUGGAUCAACCCUGGUGAUGGUUUCUCCACUCCCCUGACCUCAUCACACCCUCUUUCAGCUCAGUCCUCUUCACCAUUGUUACCAGCAUCCUCAUCAUCCUUACUGAACCCUGCAUGUCCAUCCAGUCCUAACACACUCUCCUGUAGGUUCCACCCUGUGUUAAGUUCUCAGACUCUGACAGCCCUGAUCUGUGGGUUUGUGAUAAAACUGAGGAACUGUCUAAGUGACAAUGGCUUCCUCAGACAACUCCACACGAUCGGCUUACUGGUCCAGUUUGAGGGGCUCCUGAGCACCUACGGGGAGGAACUCGCCAUGCUGGAAGACAUGAGUGUAGGCGUCAUGGACCUCCGGAAUGUGACCUUUAAAGUGACCCAGGCGACCUCCAGCUUCAGCCCCGACAUGCUGCCUGUCAUCACGGGCAACAGAGAUGGGUUUAAUGUGCGAGUUCCUUUACCGGGGGUGAUGUUUGAUGUGAUGCCACGGGAGAUCCAAAAUGGGAUGCUGCUGCGAGUUCAACCAGUAUUAUUCAAUGUAGGAAUCAAUGAGCAACAAACGCUAGCGGAAAAGUUUGGAGACACAUCGCUGCAGGAAGUAGUGAAUAUGGAGAGUCUAGCUCGUCUUACCUCCUAUUAUGACCAGUUUAAAGAAGUGCUGCCUGAAGACUGUCUGCCCCGCUCUCGCAGUCAGAACAAUGUGCCUGAGCUACUCAAGUUCCUCAGUCAAAAUGUUAAUGCCAGGAAGAGCAAGAAUGUGGACAUCCUGUUGCAGGCAGCAGAGGUUUGUCGGCGUCUGAAUGGUGUGCGUGUGACCAGCUGCAAGAGUGCAAAGGAUCGUACGGCCAUGUCGGUGACCCUGGAGCAAUGUCAAAUCCUCCAGCAAGAGCACUGCAUGGCCCCGCAGGUCUUCACACAGGCUUUGGACUGUAUGCGCAGCGAGGGCUGCAGGCGAGAAAACACCAUGAAAAACAUAGGCAGCCGCAAAUACGCUUUCAACUCCCUCCAGCUGAAGACUUUCCCUAAACAGUACAGACCACCGGAGGGCACCUUCGGGAAAGUGGAAGCUUGAACUGAAAGCAGUCCGCUGUUCUGGCCCAUCGUGACUAGAACUGCAUGUUUCUCCUCGUUCGGUUUCCUUUAUCACCACAUAUCUGAAGGAAAUUUUUAUUAUGCACAGUCAUGCUGAAAUACGCUCUGGUUAUUAUCCAGAUGACAAGGUACAUAUUUUUAGAUCCCAAACCUCUUGGCUCAAAAAUCACUUGAAGGUAAAUGAGUAGCUUGCUUGGUUGUUGCACUGAAAGCAGGUAAGAAGGCCUGUUUGACUCUUAAUACUUAAAAAGACAAAAAAAAAA